CACUGAAUUAUUAUUCAUUAAUUUCAACACCAUGGCUAUAUGGAAAACCAACAAAUCCCUUUCUCUUCCUCUAAUGGCCUUCACAAUGGCAACCAUGUUCCUGAUGCUGCUGAACAGGGUGAACUCAGCAGAUUCACUCUCCUUCAGCUUCAACAACUUCAGUGAAGACCAAGAGGACUUGAUCCUCCAAGGUGAUGCCACCACUGGUGCAUCAAGUGAGAACGAUAAGAAUGUGUUACAACUUACCAAGUUAGACGAUAGUGGGAAGCCAGAGUUCGGUAGUGUGGGGCGAGUUUUGUACUUUGCCCCAGUGCACCUCUGGAAAAGCUCUCAACUAGUGUCAACCUUUGAAACCACCUUCACCUUUAAGAUCUCAUCAGCAUCACCUGACUCUGUUCCAGCUGAUGGUCUUGCUUUCUUCAUUGCUUCACCUGACACUACUCCUGGUGCUGGUGGCCAGGACCUUGGUCUCUUUCCUCACCUCACUUCUCUCAAAAACUCUUCCUCCUCUCAUCACAGAAAAGUUACAAGAAUUACUGGUGUCAAAGAUCUUGCAUCAGAGCCGGUGGUUGCUGUUGAAUUUGACACCUUCAUUAACACUGAUAUUGGGGAUCCUGAAUAUCAACACAUUGGAAUUGAUAUAAACUCUAUUACUUCAGUCACAACCACUAAAUGGGAUUGGCAAAAUGGGAAAACAGUCACUGCACAAAUAAGCUACAACUCAGCCUCUAAAAGACUAACUGUUGUUGCUUCUUAUCCCGAUUCUACUCCCGUGAGUCUCUAUUAUGACAUUGACCUCUUUACUAUCCUUCCUGAGUGGGUUAGAGUUGGAUUCUCUGCCUCCACUGGUGGUGCAGCUGAAGCAAAUACCCUUCUCUCUUGGUCUUUCAGCUCAAGCCUGCAAACUAAUCAAAUCCAGAAGGAGGACAUGCAUGGUAUUGUGAUGUAAUAUAUAUAAAGCCAAGUGGCUAAAUGUUAAUUUACGUGUCCCGUCUAUGAUAUAUUUGCAUGCGAAUAAGAAGUAAUGGACAAUGUAUCUAGUCCUUUAGUUUAUGCCUGUGCUAAUAUAUAUAUAUGAUGUUAACUUGUUUAUGUUCUAUUUAGUACAUGCAACAUCUAUAUUUAUAUA